AGGCGAGGGGUGACUCCUCGAGGUGACACGGAGGCGGUGCGGACGGCGGGCCCCGCGCAGGCCCAGUAGUCGUGGAGAAUCCGGGCCUGGGCGGCAGGGGCAGGUGCGAUGGCGGAGGAGCAGGUGAGCCCCGGCUUGGAGUCAGCUCCCGGCCCUAAGGAGGUGGCUCCUGCCGGGCCUGCGGUGGCCGCGUCGACGGAGAACUCCGGCGCUGCCGCGAAAUCUCCGGACACCGGGGACUACGACGGCAGCUGUGUGUUCUGUCGGAUCGCCCGGCGGCAGGAACCCACGGAGCUCCUGCCCUGCGAGAAUGAAGACCUAGUUUGCUUUAAAGAUAUCAAACCAGCAACAACCCAUCAUUAUCUUGUGGUACCAAAGAAGCAUAUUGGAAGUUGCAAAGAUCUAAGCAGAGAUCAAAUAGAACUGGUUGAGAGCAUGGUAGCUGUUGGAAAAACCAUUCUUGAAAGGAAUAAUUUCACUGACUUUACAGAUGUAAGGAUGGGAUUCCAUGUACCACCAUUCUGCACUAUAUCUCACCUACAUCUUCAUGUUCUGGCGCCAGUCAAGCAAUUUAGCUUCCUGUCAAAGUUGAUUUAUAGAGCAAAUUCCUAUUGGUUUAUCACAGCGGAUUAUUUGAUUGAAAAACUAAGAAAAUGAAAAUAUCAACAGUGGAAGAUUUUCCUAACCUUGGCUCAAUAUGAGCUAAUAUUUUGGUCCUUUUGAAAUUUAAUUGUAAUUUUAAGAUUUAUUGGUCUUUAUGAAAGACUAUUACUGAGGAGUCUUAACAUCAUUUUUGAACAAUCUGUUAAAAUUGUUAUAUGAAUACUUUGUCACUGAUUUUGUUUUGAUGGUUAUUUUUGUAAGGGUUUAUGCAUAAUAUGUGGCUAAAUUUCUAUUUAAAAGAAAUUUCAUCAGUGAAGAUAGGCUCCAUGUAUGUAUCUUAAAAGUUCAGUCUCACUUCUCAGUAGUAUUGAAAGUGAUUUAUUAUGAUGAGGAAGCUGGUAAAUGAAGUACUUCAUUAGAAUUUUUAUUACUAAAAAGGUACAAAAGAAAGGAGCUAUUUCUUGUUAAUCUAUAGUUUUUCCACAUAAAAUUUUAAAACAAAUAGUAAUAAAACUUAGCAAAUACUAAAUAAUAUAAAUUUAUAAAUACUAAGUAUUAGUACUUAGUAAUGUCUGAUCUUGCUGAUGAAGCAAUUAUGUAUAGAUUACAUCUUACUCAUUUUCAGAUGGUAUUUUUCAAUUUGUGAAUCCUAGUAUCUUUUUAAAUCAAUUGGUCUGAAAGUGCAGGUACACACACACACACUUCAUUACCCAUCAGGAUAUGAUGUUCCAAGACUCAGAAUGUAUGAAACCCAGGAGAAUAAUAAAUCCUUUAUAUACUCUUAUUUUGUCCUCAUCCAUCUAUGAUGAAAGUAUCAUUUAUAAAUUAAAUAUAAUAGGAUAUUAAUAAUAAUAAUAAAAUGUACAAUUGUAACACAAAUGCUGUAAUAAUACCAACAUCACUGUUGUACUUUAGGGCUAUUAUUAAUAAAAUAAAGCUUAAUAAGUAUACUAUGACCAUUUGAUAACUGACAGGUGGAUAAUGUGUACUGUGUCAACUCACAUCCCAGGUGGGAUGGAGUAAGAUAGUAAGCUUUUAUAAUGCUGCUUAGAAUUGCAUGGAAUUUAAGAUGCUUGAAUUAUUUCAGGAAUUUUAGUAUAAUAUUUUCAGUUUGCCACAGACUGGAAAGGCAAACCACAGAAAGUGAUACCUUAGAUAAGAGAUCACUACUAUGUUAUAAUUUCUGACAGAAAAUUUCAAUAUGCAGCAAUUUUGCUAACAGAUUCUGAAAUGGAAUUUUACCUGUAAAAACAUAAAGAAGAAAAAAAAGCAUAAGAUGGUUUUAUUAACAUAGUAAGACUGGCAGAAAUUCUUGCCUCACAGCAUGUUUUUUGCACCAAACAGAAUUAAGAAUAAAAAGUGGUUAGAUCUAACUUUGAUUAUGAAAAACUCUGACCUUGAAUAGUUCUAGACUUAGACAAGAAAAUUUAAUAACCUAAAAUUAAUAUUAUUGAUGUGUCAUUUUUUUUUUUGUUGGUUGUGGGGCUUGAACUGAUGUGCCAUUUUAUGAAGCAUGUAUCCCUAGAAAUUGUCUUUCGGUGCUAAUCUACAGUCACAAUAAUGAAUGUGAAUGAAAAGUAGAUACUUAAAGCUAAUCCUGUAUCAUACCAGUGUGUAAUAGUGCCAUGAACACAAAUAGGAAUGAUCAUAAAGAUGAGUGCUUUUUGGAAAUAGGCUGAGAUUACAAGUUUGCAUUCCUGUUUGGAUAUAUUAUACAUACUUCCAAAUAAUGAACUACUUUCUGAAAUAUUUAGUUAUAGGCAUACAGAAUCAAUUUAGUUUAGUUUAUUCAUUAUUCACUCAGCAAACAUUUCUUGAGCACUUAACAUGUACCAGAUACUGCCAGGAUCAGGAAAUAAUGAUUGCUAAGACUACAUAGGUCACACCACACAAAAUCAAUGAGUAGAAAUUUGUGAAGUGCUAAUUUAAUGUGUCAAGUACAGUAAUGUUCUGAAAAGGUGGUGGAGGAGCACAACUUCUGAGAAUAGCUGGAAGUAGAGCUGAAUAUUCAAGACUGUUAGGCAAGUAGACAGUGGCAAUUUAGGCUGAGUAUUACAUAUGUACCUUCCAUAUGUUCUGCCUCUACUAUUACUUUACAAAUGAUGUGGAUGUCCAAAUCUUAGGGUAUUUCCCUGAGGUGGGAAGAGAGAUUUACAAGUAGUUGUUAUGGCUCUCUAAUUUAGAUGAUAGACUUUUUAGCAUUGCUUUCUAAAAUAGCUCAGUCAGCACUAAGAUAAAUGAGUCACUGUAGUUUUCUAUAACUGAGUUAAAAUAUGACCAGCCUUAUGGAAAGAAUCUUCAUCAUAUGCACCUUAGAAUAUUUUACUAUGUGAAUGUGCAGUGUUAUAAUUGGCAAUGUUAUGACAAUAAAAAUGGAAGAUAUUUAAGGAAUUCUCAAAUGCCUUAUUGAUCGUUGAAAAUGGGAUUAGUUGAUUUAAUGUAGAUAGGUUUAUACUCAUAAUUUUUUCAUGUUGGAAAAACCCUUGUAAACACAUUUUUACAAAAUUACUACAAAUCACUGCAAUUAAAAUUCAGUUAACCUUUUUUGUUGGCAGUCUGUUUUGACAAUUCCUUAUCUAUAACAGUAGUUUAAAGCAAAACUAAUUCAUAACUUGUCUUUGGAAUGUCCAAAAUAGUAUUGAGUGCAUUAUUUGUGCAUCUUUUGACAAUUUGCAUGUGUACAAUCCUGAAACUGUAAAAUUGCUAUAAUGAACUCUUUCAUCUGUGCCUACUUAUAUUAAAAUAAAAUAAAAAUGAAAGAAUACUGUGUUAAA